AUGGAUGAGCCUAAGGUUGUUCUCGUCACAGGCUGUGCCAAAGGUGGCAUUGGAUAUGAAUAUUGCAGGGCAUUAGCCGAGCACAACUGCCAGGUGGUUGCCUCUGACAUCCCUCGACGAAUGGAUGACAUGUUGGACCUCAAUUCCGAUAACAUUGAAACGAUAGAGCUCGAUGUUUCAUCAGACGAGAGCGUGUCAUCAGCUGUGAACACUGUUAUAUCCAAGUAUGGUCACAUUGAUGUACUGAUAAACAAUGCCGGCAUAGGAAGCACCGGCCCUUUAGCUGAGCUUUCUUUAGAUGCAAUCAAGAAAGCUUGGGAAAUCAACACAUUGGGGCAGCUGAGAAUGGUGCAACAAAUUGUUCCCCACAUGGCUUCGCGGCGCAGGGGGUGUAUAGUCAAUGUAGGGAGUGUGGUGGGGAGAGUGCCAACCCCAUGGGCAGGUUCCUAUUGUUCUAGCAAGGCAGCUGUUCAUGCCGUGACCAGUUCUUUGCGUGUUGAGUUAAGGCCCUUCGGUAUCAAUGUGGUGCUUGUGGUGCCUGGUGCUGUGAGAUCAAAUUUUGGAAGUUCUAGCCUGGAGAGGCUGGGAGAUCAUGAUUGGAAACUUUAUAAGGAAUUCAAGGAGGCCAUUGCUGAGCGAGCCAGGGCUUCCCAAGGCUCCCAGGCAACGGAUGCCAUGAUGUUUGCAAGACAUGUGGUAAAGAAGGUUUUGAGUCCUAAACCACCAAAGCAGAUAGUAUUUGGUCACAUGACUGGUUUGUUUGCCGUGCUUUCACUGUCUCCACUUUGGGUCAGAGAUCUGUUCUUUCGUACUCGUUUCAACCUAAACAAGAGGGUCUAA